AGGCUCUUGCUGACCAGGCAGUUGCAGCCUCUAUAAAAGCAGUAGACUCAGGCUCCUCUGAGAACUGACAGGCAUCCUACACAGGCAUCCUUGGACAACUUUACAUCUGUGCCACUCAGUAGGGAUAAGAGUAGGUCCACCUAAAGUGCAACCAUGAGUACAGACGCGGAGAUGGAGCAGUAUGGCCCCGCAGCCAUUUACCUCCGAAAGUCAGAGAGGGAGAGAAUUGAGGCCCAGACGUCUCCAUUUGAUGCCAAGACUGCAUACUUCGUCACUGAUCCUGAUGAGAUGUAUGUCAAGGGCAAACUGGUGAAGAAGGAGGGUGGCAAAGCCACGGUGGAGACAGGAACUGGAAAGUCUGUCACUGUGAAAGAGGAUGACAUCCAUCCCAGAAACCCUCCCAAGUUUGACAAGAUUGAGGACAUGGCCAUGAUGACCCACCUCAAUGAGCCUUGCGUGUUGUAUAACCUCAAAGAGCGUUAUGCAUCAUGGAUGAUCUAUACCUACUCUGGCCUGUUCUGUGUCGUGGUGAACCCCUACAAGUGGCUUCCCGUGUACGAUCAACAAGUCGUUAUCGCAUACAGAGGCAAGAAGAGGAUUGAGGCACCACCCCACAUCUUCUCCAUCUCUGACAAUGCCUAUCAGUUCAUGCUCACAGAUCGUGAGAACCAGUCUGUCCUGAUCACUGGAGAAUCUGGUGCCGGAAAGACUGUCAACACCAAGCGUGUCAUUCAGUACUUUGCAAUGAUUGCAAUGACCUCAUCAAAGAAAACAGAGCCAACACCUGGCAAAAUGCAGGGUUCGCUGGAAGAUCAAAUCGUUGCAGCCAACCCUCUACUGGAGGCCUAUGGUAAUGCCAAGACAAUCAGAAAUGACAACUCCUCCCGUUUUGGUAAAUUCAUUAGAAUUCACUUCGGCACCACUGGCAAGCUGGCUUCUGCAGAUAUUGAAACUUAUCUGCUGGAGAAGUCUCGUGUCACCUUCCAGCUGUCUGCUGAGAGGAGCUACCAUAUCUUCUAUCAGCUGAUGACCGGCCACAAGCCUGAGCUGUUGGAGGCUCUUCUGAUCACCACCAACCCCUAUGACUAUCCAAUGAUCAGCCAGGGUGAAAUCACUGUCAAGAGCAUUGAUGACGUGGAGGAGUUCAUUGCAACAGAUACUGCUAUUGACAUUCUGGGAUUCAGCGCAGAGGAAAAGUUGGGCAUCUACAAGCUGACUGGAGCUGUGAUGCACCAUGGCAACAUGAAAUUCAAGCAGAAGCAGCGUGAGGAGCAGGCUGAACCUGAUGGCACUGAGGUUGCUGAUAAAAUCGCCUACCUUUUGGGCCUGAACUCAGCUGAUAUGCUGAAAGCUCUGUGCUACCCAAGAGUCAAGGUCGGAAAUGAGAUGGUGACCAAAGGUCAGACCGUCCCACAGGUGAACAAUUCAACCAUGGCUCUUUGUAAGUCAGUCUAUGAGAAAAUGUUCUUGUGGAUGGUCAUCCGUAUCAAUGAGAUGCUGGACACAAAACAGGCCAGGUCUUCUUUCAUUGGUGUGCUGGAUAUCGCUGGAUUUGAGAUCUUUGAUACUGAGGAGGACAAGAAGAAUGUCUCUAGACUUCAGGACCUGGUGGACAAGCUGCAGCUCAAAGUCAAAUCUUACAAGAGGCAGUCUGAGGAGGCCGAGGAACAGGCCAACACCCACCUCUCCAGACUGAGAAAGAUCCAGCAUGAGAUGGAAGAGGCUCAGGAGCGUGCUGACAUUGCUGAGUCACAGGUCAACAAGCUGAGAGUGAAGAGCCGUGAUGUUGGAAAGAGUUAUAUAACAGGUGUCAAGCAGAAGUUAGAGAAGGAGAAGAGCGAGUACAAGAUGGAAAUCGAUGACCUCAGCAGCAACAUGGAGUCUGUGGCCAAGGCUAAGGGCAACUUGGAGAAAAUGUGCAGAACUCUUGAAGACCAGCUUAGUGAGCUCAAAUCCAAAAAUGAUGAGAAUGACCUUCUAUCAAAAACAAAGCAAAUCAUAAGACAUAUUGUGUGUUUUCCUCAGGGCAACCUGGAGAAAAUGUGCAGAACUCUUGAGGACCAGUACAGUGAGCUUAAAGCUAAAAAUGAUGAGAAUGUCCGCCAGCUGAAUGACAUUAGUGCACAUAAGGCCAGACUGCAGACAGAGAAUGGUGAGUUCUCACGUCAGCUUGAGGAGAAGGAGGCUCUUGUUUCCCAGCUGACCAGAGGCAAACAGGCCUUUACUCAGCAGAUUGAGGAGCUGAAGAGACUCAAUGAAGAGGAAGUCAAGGCCAAGAAUGCCCUGGCCCAUGCAGUUCAGUCUUCCCGCCAUGACUGUGAUCUGCUCAGAGAGCAGUUUGAGGAGGAGCAGGAGGCCAAGGCUGAGCUUCAAAGAGGAAUGUCCAAGGCCAACAGCGAGGUGGCUCAGUGGAGAAGCAAAUAUGAGACUGAUGCCAUCCAGCGCACUGAGGAGCUGGAGGAUGCAAAGAAGAAGCUUGCCCAGCGUCUCCAGGAGGCUGAGGAGGCUGUUGAGGCUGUUAACUCCAAGUGUGCCUCUCUGGAGAAGACCAAGCAGAGGCUGCAGGGUGAGGUUGAGGACCUCAUGAUUGAUGUGGAGAGAGCUAAUGCUCUGGCUGCUAACCUUGACAAGAAACAGAGGAACUUCGACAAGGUCCUUGCAGAGUGGAAACAGAAGUAUGAGGAGGGACAGUCAGAGCUGGAAGGAGCCCAGAAGGAGGCCCGCUCUCUGAGCACUGAGCUGUUCAAGAUGAAGAACUCCUAUGAGGAAGCUCUGGAUCAUCUGGAGACCAUGAAGAGGGAGAACAAGAACCUUCAGCAGGAGAUCUCUGACCUGACUGAACAGAUUGCUGAGACUGGAAAGAGCAUCCAUGAACUGGAGAAAGCCAAGAAGACUGUGGAGACUGAAAAGUCCGAAAUUCAGUCAGCCCUGGAGGAGGCUGAGGGCACACUGGAGCAUGAGGAGGCCAAGAUCCUCCGUGUUCAGCUUGAGCUCAACCAGGUCAAAGGAGAAGUUGACAGGAAGCUGGCAGAGAAGGAUGAGGAAAUGGAGCAGAUCAAGAGGAACAGCCAGAGAGUGAUUGACUCCAUGCAGACUACUCUUGAUGCUGAGGUCAGGAGCAGGAACACCAGUCUCCUGAACACAAAGAAGAAGCUGGAGUCUGAUCUGGUCCAAGUCCAGGGUGAAGUGGAUGAUGCUGUUCAGGAAGCAAGAAAUGCUGAGGAGAAGGCCAAGAAGGCUAUCACUGAUGCUGCCAUGAUGGCUGAGGAGCUGAAGAAAGAGCAGGACACCAGUGCUCACUUGGAGAGGAUGAAGAAGAACCUGGAGGUCACAGUGAAGGACCUGCAGCACCGUCUGGAUGAGGCUGAGAACCUCGCCAUGAAGGGUGGCAAGAAGCAGCUCCAGAAACUGGAGUCCAGGGUGCGUGAGCUGGAGUCUGAAGUCGAGGCUGAGCAGAGACGUGGCGCUGAUGCUGUUAAGGGAGUCCGCAAGUAUGAGAGGAGAGUGAAGGAGCUGACCUACCAGGUAAGUGUUACCAGGAAGAAUGUCAACAGACUUCAGGAUCUUGUUGACAAGCUGCAGCUCAAAGUCAAGGCUUACAAGAGGCAGUCUGAGGAGGCCGAGGAACAGGCCAACACCCACCUCUCCAGACUGAGGAAGGUCCAGCAUGAGCUGGAAGAGGCUCAGGAGCGUGCUGACAUUGCUGAGUCCCAGGUCAACAAGCUGAGAGCCAAGAGCCGUGAUGUUGGAAAGGUAAUUUUUAAAAACAUAUCUGUAUCUGAAAACAAGCUCAUUCUUCUCUGUUGGUGAUCCUGAAGUUUGCCU